AUGCCGUUUGAUCCAACCCACAGACCUUGCCUUGGAGUGGAGGAUAUAUCACCCGAGGAAAUCGAGAUACUGGGUGGCGCCCUCGAACUUGACCCGUGCUUCUUCGCAUCGUAUAUCUCUCGGACAUGGCGCAAUCUGAAAGCGCAGGACCCGCAGGCUUGCACGCUCCCAUCGCGCGAGCGCCGUCAGGGUUUUGUGCCGCUCUACUACCACCGAACCAUCGUGGUGCAUGGCCUGAAGCCGCACACGGCGCAGUUGUUGCGCACCUGUAACCACCCACGCAAGCUCUUCGUGCUGUCACCCAUCAAGGGCCAGCGCCUCGGCCUGGCGCAGCACGCCUGCGUAGUCUCGAGCAUGGUGCGGGCAGAUGGGAGGUGGAUCGGCAUCAUCCUCACCGAUCCGCCCUUCCGGAACCGCAACGACUACGUGGCGCUGCGCUCGCGAUCGCCAGUGCCGACAAACUUGAGCAUCACGCCCUUUCUAGGCGGCUGUGAGGACUUCCAGUACAACGCGGCCGUCCACGCGUCUACAUUUACUCAGCUGCUGAGCCCGGAUAUCGACACAGACGGCAUUGACUAUCCCAGGACCAAGAGCGACCGCCGCGGUAUGCUCGACGAACUAGUUUACUACUGGACCGCGUCUACGCCGCUGGCGGGUAUUUUCGAGGCGUCCGGGCCGCCCUCGUUGCAUGCGCUCGCUUACCUGCCGCUCCGGAUCGUGGCGGCCGAGUGGGUCAACUAUAUAACACUCCUGGACUUCAGCGCCAAGGAAUACGAGUGGAAUGGCAGCGACAAUGACGCUCAGGGAAGAGUCACUCGUAAUGCUACCGCCAUAGCAUCGCUGACGGACUGGAAAGGCAAGGUCGAUGCCCUCGAUGCCCGGCUCCGUGCCCUACAGGCGUGGCGUCGGCGCGUCAUGUCCUCCAUACGCAAGAUGCGCCAGGUUGCACGGUUCCUAGACAGUCCCGUACCUGGCGUGGACGGCGCAUGUUGCAACGGCACAUCGGACCAUCUAUGCGAGAAGAGGCCAAGCGGCAGCAAGCACUUCGAUCACGGCGCUGCCAACGCCUGGGCAGCAUUACGAUCGGACUACAUGUCCCUGGCGACCGAAAUCACAGAGCACGGGGCACGACUUGAGAGCAUGCUGGCCGUGGUGGCAUCAGGCAUGGCGCUGCUUGAGGGCCGUCGCGCCCUGGCCGAGGCGGCCAAUAUCACCCGACUAACGGUGCUUGCCUUCGUCUUUCUCCCGCUAACUUUUGUUGCCGGCCUCUUUAGCAUCGGUGGCUCUGAUGUGUAUGCACCUGGUGGCUCGCACUUCUGGGUUUACUGGGCUGUUGCGCUCCCCCUAACGCUUAUAGUUAUGCUCAUGGUGCGCCCACCUGUACUUGUGAUUAUGAUGCUUAAGGGACUGGAGGAGUGGACGAUGACGACUGCGCCGGCCGCUGUGCCCCGGCUCGUCGCUGCUGUGCCUGUCGCUUGUCUGCCUCCUUUUGAGCCCGUCGCUGCUCUGCCCGUCGCUUGUCUGCCUCCUUUUGAGCCCGUCGCUGCUCUGCCUGUCGCUUGUCUGCCUCCUUUUGAGCCCGUCGCUGCUCUGCCUGUCGCUUGUCUGCCUCCUUUUGAGCCCGUCGCUGCUCUGCCUGUCGCUUCUCCGCCUCCUUUUGAGCCCGUCGCUGCUCUGCCUGUCGCUUCUCCGCCUCCUUUUGAGCCCGUCGCUGCUCUGCCUGUCGCUUGUCUGCCUCCUUUUGAGCCCGUCGCUUCUCUGCCUCCUUUUGAGCCUGUCGCUGCGCUUCAGCUUUUUGCUGCUCUCGCCGCUGUGCUGUCUGCUUUGUAUUGA